AAGGUGUAGUGGUACGUCCCGUUAUCGUGCCGCGCGGGAGCAGGAAAGCGUGUGCAGAAGCAGCUCGCGAACAGGACCGUACAGUGUGAAGAUAAUGGCACGGGACUUCAAACCAGGUGACCUGAUUUUUGCCAAGAUGAAGGGAUAUCCCCACUGGCCUGCCAGAAUUGAUGAAGUUCCAGAUGGAGCUGUAAAACCUUCCAACAUAAAGUUCCCAAUCUUCUUCUUUGGAACCCACGAAACAGCAUUCCUGGGGCCCAAAGAUAUAUUCCCCUACCUGCCCAACAAGGACAGGUAUGCCAGGCCCAACAAGAGGAAGGGCUUCAACGAGGGGCUCUGGGAGAUUGAGAACAACCCCCAAGUGGAGCUCAACGGACCCAAGAUGAUGCCGUCUGACUCGAUGACAGAGCAGGAUUCUGACAGCAAUCCAGAACUGGACGAGGAUGGAGAUGAGAAGAAGAAAUCUAAAGGUUCGAGCGGGGAGGCAGAGCGAGAUAAUGAGGAGGAGGAAAUGGAGGAGGAAGUUGUCAUGGAGGUCUCUGAACCCGGGCCUCAGGGCCAGGAUAGUGAAGCCGACCAGGACUCAGAGAAAGAGGAUGCACCCGCCAGCCCUUCAGGUAAGCGCAGGGGGAGGAAGCCCAAGGCUGACAAGAUGACCUCACUGCAGGAUCUCCACGGCUCAGGAAGUGAUAUGGAGUCUGCAGAGUCUGACAGGAAGAGGAAGCGCGCUGCGGACGAGCGGUCCAGGAGAGGAGAGGAAGAGAGGAGGAGGAGGAAGGAUGAGGGCAGAGCCAGGGAUGAGGGCAAGGAGCCGGACGCUAAGAGGAAGAGACAGACCAAGGAGGAGAGCUCGUCCGAGGAUGAGGAGGUCAGAGGUCACAGGCGGCAGCACAACACGGAGGAGAAAGACGAGGGGAGGAGACGCAAGCAGGACGAGGGGAAAGAACCAGGUAAAGAUGAAGGGAAGAAAGGAGACGGAGAGAGGAAAGACAAGAAAAAAGAAAUACCCACAGAAUCACGGCUGCAGAGGUUGCACGGAGAAAUCAAAAUCUCUCUGAAGAUUGACAACCCGGAUGUGAGGAAGUGUCUGGCAGCGCUGGAUGAGUUGGGGUCUCUACAGCUCAACACACAGCACCUGCAGAAGCACAGUGAGCUUAUCUCCACCCUCAAGAAGAUCCGGCGGUUCAAGGCUAGCCAGGAUGUCAUGGACAAGGCCAGCAUGCUGUAUAACAAAUUCAAGAGCAUGUUCCUGGUGGGGGAGGGGGAGCAGGCGCUGGCCCAGGUGCUCUGCAGGUCCACCAGCGAACAGAAGCAGUACGAGGAGGCCAGGAAGGGAGCCCUGAGGAGGGCUGAGCUGGCCAGGGAAGGAGAUAACAAGAUGACUAACGGGGACACGUGUCCAGAUGAAGAGAAGCAGGAGUCAGACACACCUGCAGACCCCUCCUCAGGAGACAGUGUUGCUGCUGUCCAGCAGGAGUGUAUCUGAAGACGCCAGGCGUGGCUUCGCUGCUGCGCUGUAGAGAUGUGGCUCAGCAGGUCGCUGGAAACAUUUCAAAUACUUUAUCUGGGUUUGAUUGAGGCUGCCUGGCAUCAUCAGAAUGAUCCCCAUGACUCCAUCUGGAGUCAGAGGCAGUCCAGGACUCCAUCUGGAGUCAGAGGCAGUCUCAAGCUUCUGGGAAAGUAUUUAAAUGGAUUUUGAACACAGCUGUGACUGGUGAUCUGGUGUUUUUGCGCCCAACUGACUGUUAGAAUAACUACUUCCUGGAUUCAUUAGUGGAGGGUCAUGGUUGGAGUUUCUGUGUGAUGUUUCUAACCAGAAGCCCCAACUCUGAAUGUGAGGUGUGUAGUGUAGGCCUGACACCACACAGCACGGCUCAAGCCACAGCCUCUUGGUUACACAACCUCAACAUCCCUCAAGAUUUAGGGUGGACCUCUAGAGCAACAUGUAUAUUAGAUGUAGAUUUUGUUUGUUUCUUUAUUUAGUGUCCACUAAAGGAUUUUAAGACGCACAUUUUGUAAUCGGUUGGAUUACAGUUCUAUCAUAUCUUUAGUUUCAUUUUUGUGUUUUCCUCAGACCCGUUUGAGUUAGUGAAACUAGAUAUGCUUAGUUUCUCAUUUGCAUUCUAAUCCAGACUGACAUUUAUUUGACUAGAUGCACAUACUUCUACUCUGUAGGUUUGCCAAAGUUUAUUCUGCCAAGAAAGUGCUUUUUUUUUUUUCUUGAACUUUUGUCUUUUAAAGUUGUCCAUUCUUGUAAAUAUGAACAUGUUCAUUCGUGUCUUAAAACCUCUUGUAUCUGUAUCCAUUAAAUAAAGCAGUGGUUCAGA